CUCCUAUUCACAAAGCCAUUCCCCCACUAACCACACGAAAAUGCAGGCUCAGUAAUAGAACCCAAAUGGCUCGCCGAAGCCGCACCCACGUUCUUCAAGGUCGCAGGCCAGAAGGGCGAGAUGAGCAAGCGGAAAAAGGCCGAGCGCAUCCAGCCGCUGCACAACAAGUUCGCGGGCGAGGACGACUGGCGGCUCAGCGCGCAGAAGAAGCAGGGGAGGGGCGGGGGCGGUACGUGGGGAUAAAUGUAAUGAUGGAGUGGGGAUGGAGGGAGGUGGGGAGCGAAAGGUAUACAUUCCCCUGUUCACCUGUUUUCCCCUGCCUUUUUGCCCGUUAUCCACUUUUCACGAUUUUUGCCUUUACAUUUUAAAGGGUUUUGCAUCUUGCAUCUGGCAUUGUAAUUGUACUUGUCAUAUCCAGUUUUCGGUUUUCAGUUGGAGGAGUUGCAAGGGAAGUCGGUGGAUCAGAGAGUCAGUGAGACACACGCACCGAUUGAGAGUGUAUGAAAAUUGGCGCAGUGAACACAGACACAUGGGUUCCAAAAACAUGAAUAGAAUGAAUGAAUGGAAGGAUGAAAGGAUGAAUAAAUCAAUACGUGCGUGUGUGCGAUGUGCGUAUGGUUUGAAGCGCUGAAAUUGAAAGGGAUGAAGGUGAGUUGCUGGUUUCUAAGUGUGUGAAUGUGUGUGUGCGGAGGAUGGAUCGAUUGCGUCUAUAUUCGAUUAGAGAGAUCGG